AAGGCUAAUCACUGUAUGAGAGCAUGGUUCAGUGGAAGGAUUUCUUCUAGCGAGAAAAUGUGAACUUGAUGGUGAGAUUUACUUAACCUCUCCAUCAUAACCCUAGAUAACUUGAAAACACCUCUGACCCCAGUUCAAUUCCCAGAUGAUCAACGUGAAGAUUCAACCAUAUCCACGUCAGGUGAACAUUACCCUUUGGCAUUGCUUGUAUCAUUCCUAUACUCGUUCAAAAAUCCCAAGUAAUGAACAUGCGACAACUCAUCAUCCACAGCUGUAUUUGAGUAGAAGCUUUCCAUCACAGAGUCUGAGAGAGACACGACCUAAGAUAAUGAAGCCGCCCAUCUCUAUAUCUCCAUCUUCUUCUCCUUCUGUGCUGAGAAAAGCACGUCUCUCUCCGUACCUCUUCACAUUAUUGGCCUUCAUCCUCUUCGUCACGGUCCUAUAUGGCGAAGACUUCAUGUGCAUGUUCAACCAAGAGCUCCAGCUCGGCUCCGUCUCGACCUGGCUUCUGUCCACAGCCGAGAGGAAGAGUGGCGAGGCAGGUUCGUUGCCGUUUGCCAUUGGGAAGACAGAGGAAGGUUGCGAUAUCUUCAGAGGGAGGUGGGUGAGGGACAAGUCGACGCGACCCCAUUAUGAAGAAUCGGAUUGUCCGUACAUCCAGCCUCAGUUGACUUGCCAAGAACAUGGAAGGCCUGAUAAGGAGUAUCAGUUCUGGAGAUGGCAACCUGAUGGCUGUAAUCUUCCCAGCUUUAAUGCCACACUAAUGCUUGAGACACUGAGAGGGAAGAAGAUGAUGUUCGUCGGAGAUUCGCUAAAUAGGGGACAGUUUGUGUCCAUGGUUUGUCUUCUCCAAUCAGCCAUCCCUGAAGGCGCCAAAUCGAUGGAAACGUUCGGUUCGCUCACUGUUUUCACUGCGAAGGAUUACAAUGCGACGAUCGAAUUCUACUGGGCACCGUUUCUUCUGGAGUCGAAUUCAGAUGACGCAGUAGUUCACAGGAUAUCCGAUCGGAUCGUGAGGAAAGGGUCGAUCAACACGCAUGGGAAGCAUUGGAAAGGAGCCGACAUGAUGGUGUUCAAUACCUACCUAUGGUGGAUGACCGGGCUGACGAUGAAAGUCCUGAAAGGUUCAUUCGAUGAUGAGGUGAAGGAUGUGGUGGAGCUGUCAACAGAGGAUGCUUACAGAAUGGGAAUGAAUAGCAUGUUGAGAUGGGCUCAAAUGAAUAUGGACCCGAAAAAGACAAGGGUCUUCUUUGUUAGCAUGUCACCUUCACAUGGAAAGAGCAUCGACUGGGGCGGCGAACCAGGCGGCAACUGCUACAACGAGACGACGAUGAUCGAGGACCCGAACUACUGGGGCUCGGAUUGCCGGAAGAGCGUGAUGCGGGUGAUCGGGGAGGUGUUCAGCAAGACCAAAGUCCCCAUCACGCUCCUCAACAUCACUCAGCUCUCAAGCUAUCGCAGAGACGCGCACACCUCCAUCUACAAGAAGCAGUGGAAUCCGCUCACGGCCGAGCAACUGGCCAACCCCGCGAGCUAUGCCGAUUGCGUGCAUUGGUGCUUGCCCGGCCUUCAAGAUACUUGGAACGAGCUUCUCUUCACUAAGCUCUUUUAUCCUUGAUGAUCAUGGGGAGUGCCCAGAAAAUGGGGUUCUGUCAUCAAAUGAAUAUGUUCUUGAUCUUCUUCCUUAUUUUUCUGGAAAACACUAUAGACAAAGGAAUGGAAGGGCAGCUACCAGCAAUUGGCUUUCAUGUAUAGUAAAUUUGAAAUUUUUUGAAAGUAUUGAAUUUAUUUUUUAAGA